AUGUUCGCCACCGUCGCAUUCAGUUCUCUCUCUUCUUUCCUUUUAUUUAACGCUGUCUACGCGGCGGAUGGCCCGACCUUGCAGACCAGGGGUGUUAUUCAGACGUUCUCCGUCUGUGAGGAGAUCGGAAAGGCGGUUUCUUCUCAGUCUGCUGUGUUCUAUCCUCUUCACAACUAUCCACCUGCUCUGUCGAGCCUGGAGCACCAGAAGAUGUCGGCGCCGUUGUAUGUUUCUUUCCACAUGAUUAUAGCCAUUCUCUCAACUUCAGGCGUGCAGCUGCAAAUAUUAGGCAAGACAAACACACCCUUCGCGGUGAAAGGGGGUGGCCAUGCGUCCAACCCAGGAUUCUCGUCUACCGCUGGAGUCCAGAUCACCAUGUCGCGGUUCAGCGGUGUGACGUACCACUCAGACUCGCAGACUGUAGACAUCGGCUCCGGUCUAAUCUGGGACGACGUCUACGCGGCACUCGAGCCGUAUGGCGUGAAUGUGGUCGGCGGACGAGUCACCGGGGUGGGUGUUGCUGGCUUCACCCUCGGUGGAGUGAUGGCCUACCAGCUCGUGCUCCCAAACGGCACUAUCAGCGAUAUCACUGCUUCUUCGAAUCCUGAUUUAUUCUUUGCACUGAAGGGUGGCUUCAACAAUUUCGGUAUUGUGACGCAGUUCACCCUGAAGACGUUCCCUCAGGGCCAAGUCUGGGGUGGGACCAUCUUGGCGUUGGGGGAAUUCGACAAAAUCGCUACAGCUACGGCCAAUUUCUAUGCCAACGUUACAGACCCCAAAGCCUCUAUUAUCUCCACCUUCAAUUGGGAUCUUGGCAUUCAUCUCGGGCAAGUCAGCCUUUUUUAUGACGGAUCCUCCCCACCAGAUGGAAUGUUCGACGAGUUCAUGGCAAUCCCUGCCGUGAGCCAGGACAUUUCCUCGCGUUCGUUCUUGUCGCUAGUCCUGAGCUCGGUCAGUAAUGAAACUUCCGGCCUUCGAGGCUACUUCGAUACUGUUUCACUGUAUGACAUCACGCCCUCGAUGCUGACUGCUGUAUCGAACGAGACUACGUACUGGGCAAGCCAACUGGCCUGGGAAGUGCCUGGUCUCUUCCUCAGCUAUGACAUCGAGCCAUUCCUCCCCAGCAUGCUCUCCCACGGCUCAGACUCGGCCUGGCCCCCGAAACGCGACAGAGCCAUCCUGCCAAUGAACAUAUACUACGCAUGGGACUUAUCUCUAUCCGAUACGAAAAUGGGGGACACGAUGCGGACGAGCUCGAGCCAUCUGACUGAGCUAGCUGUGCUUGGGGGCCAGGAUGUCACCGACGCGCCGCUGUAUCCCAACUAUGCUCUGUACGGAACGCCGCUGUCGCGAAUGUAUGGCGACAAUUUGCCUCGGCUGCAGGCAAUCAAGGCGCAAUACGAUCCAAACAACGUUAUGGGCCUUGCUGGAGGCUGGAAGUUUUGAGUUUUCUCCAGGACUUGGUGUUUUGCAUAUGGCUUGACGAUCAUUUACCACAAUCUUUGUUGGAUUUGUUUGGACGAUAUCAGUUAUUUAUUUCACUUGACU